GAGCCCACAGCUGGUCACACUGGCAGCAGACGUCACAUUCUAUUAUUUUUUGUUUUGUUUUGUGCGAAAAGUUUGCAGGCCAGGCGAGCGUGGACCAGACCACAAGCGACGACGACCAUGGCUAGCGGGACGACAGCAACCAGCAGUGGGACAAGCAUCGGCAGCAGCAGCAGCGGAGCUCCCGCUUCGGCGGACACAUCGCCGCCGUCGGCGGAGAAGUGGGGCUUCCCACUGGUGGAGCUCUAUCGCCUGGCGUUCACGUUCUACAAGCGCAACUCGGGCAAGGCCAUCCAUCUUUCGUACGAGGACAACCUUAAGCUGAUCGCUUUCAAGCAACAAGCUGCGCUUGGUCCCUUCAACACGAGUCGUGCACCGGCGCUGGGCGUACUGGAUGUGAUUGGACGCGAUCGCCAGCAGCACUGGCAGCUGCUGGGCGAGAUUACGCGCGAGCAGGCCAUGGAGGGAUUCGUUGACCUGCUGGACACGAUGUGCAGUGCCUUUCGGCCGUACAUUGAAGCCGUGCGCCAGGAUCGGGAUGAAACGCUGCGCAAGGAACUGCGUCUCAUGGAGCUGGAGAAGGAGGCACGGGAGCGGCAGGAAAACGCCCAGCAGGAGCUGCUCGAGGAGGGCUACAAGGAGGAGUUGCAGCGCCGCCAUCUGCAGGAUGCCCUGAACAAGCAGACCUAUCAGCAGUUCAAGCUGUAUGCGGAGAAGCAGUUCCCGGGCAAUCCCGAGCAGCAGGCCGUGCUCAUCCACCAGCUGCAGCGGGAGCACUACCACCAGUACAUGCAGCAGCUCCAUCUGCAGAACCAGAAUCAGCUGCAGAACCAGAAUCCGGAGGAGAAGAGCCAACCAGAGACGGAGGACAACGCCCCUGGCAACAACAACAAUAGCAGUACCGACUUGCCCGGCGCCAUGGAGGGCUUAAAGCUUGCCGAGAUUGAAACGCAGCAGCAGCAGCAGUCGCAGUUGGCCGAGGAGCAGCACAGCCAGGUGGAGCAAGCCGACGGCGUGGUGCAGGAGCAUGGGGGCGAGGAGGAGUACGACGACUACGUCAUGAUCUGCCCGGCCAAGAUCUGGACUCGUCCCGACAUCGAGCAGUUCAAGACUGAGGUGUCCGCCGGCGAUGGCGACGGCGUGAUAACCAUUGGACACGGCGACACAGUAACGGUGCGUGUGCCCACCAACAUGAAUGGCAAGUGCAUUUUCUGGGAGUUCGCCACGGAUAGUUACGACAUUGGUUUCGGCAUCUACUUCGAGUGGGCCAAACCCGUCACCAACGAGGUGACAGUGCACGUUAGCGAUUCCGAUGAGGAUGAGGACUGUGUGGACGAGGACUAUCUUUCCACCACCGAGGAUCUGGAGUCGGGCUCGCUGUCGCAGGAGCGCGACGCGGUGAGCAGUCCGACUGCCGCCCCAAAGCCACCCAUCUCCAUUAUCGUACCCAUUUACCGGCGUGAGUGCUACAACGAGGUCUACGUCGGCUCGCAUUCCUAUCCCGGUGAGGGCGUCUACCUGCUGAAGUUCGACAACAGCUACAGCAUCUGGCGCUCCAAGACACUGUACUAUCGCGUCUACUACGAGCGUUAAGAGGCCAAAAUGUAUUUAAUAUCCUAUCCACUAACUUAGAAAAAUCCUAUCUCUAUAAAACGGGCUAAUGUGCAAGUCCGGAAUAAUCUGUAUGUGCGUGUGCGUCUGGGUUUUGGUUACGAUGUUACGUGUACGUAAAAGCAUCUCCGGACCGGAAAAAAACAAACGGAAAUCUCCAUCGCUUUGCAAUUUAGCGAAUGGCGUUUUCCAAAACAAAAAAAAAAACAUAUUUAUUAUUUAGUUGUAAACCGACAAAGACAAGUCCAAAAUUCAAUUUGAAAACAAUAAACAAAUAACAAGACAACUGUAAA